CUUUUGGAUGUUCCCCAUUGACUGUUUGCCAUUGGUUGAACACGUACUGUUGCAGGAAGCAGGCAUUCUGCUUCACUACCUAGCUACUAUUUUCAAACGGGAUACACACAAUUAAUCUUAACAUUUCCAACGAUGAUGCGUAGACCCCGAACAGCAACGACCAAAGUUGUAGAGAAAAGAGGUGACGUUAUGGACUCAGACUUGUCCUUUUCCCAGACAGUGAGUAGUGAUGAAGAUAGUGAUGAAUGGAGGCCAGCAGAGCCGAAGCCAAAAGCCACCAGCAAGACUGCCAGAGCCCCUACAGCAGCCGGGGAGAAGAAAGCAGCUGCCAAGAGAGCUGCUAAACCAAAAGAACCGAAAGCACCCAAACAACCUAAAGUGCCUAAAGUUUCUAAGCCAAGAGCACCACGCAAAACUGCAACAGAGCAAAAAACACAGGCCCCUAAAGUUCUGAAGGAUUCUGGUGCAUCUGGAUUGGCUGGAACAAAGAGGAAAAAUAUUGAUGAAGGCAAAAAGGAUGAUAAGGCUGGAAAAGACAAAGGAGUAAAAGAAACCGACUGUCCAGAGGUAGAGAGGACAGAAGGGAGUGGGCCUAGUAUCAGGAUGAAGGAGGAGAGGGUGUCAUUUAUUGUGUCAGAAGCCCAUCAGGCAGACAGAUGGGCGGGCGAGGGGUCAUCACUAGCUGGCCUUAAAGCAAAGAAAGAGGAAGUGGAGGAGGAGGAUUUCACUUUUGAUGAGCCGUGUAAAAAGAAACAGAAGACCAGUGGUGCCUGCUUGGGACAACCAACUGCUUUACCAUCACCAGAAGCACACACUCUGAGGAAUGAACUCAAUAUGAACUGGGACUUGAUUGAGCUGCUGUCCAAUCUGACAUGUGUGGAGCGAUGGGUGUGUGUAAAUAUCAUUCGUCUGCUUCGUGAGGACAACACGGUUCCGUUUAUGGUGCGCUACCGCAAAGAAAUGAUUAACCACAUGGAUGCCGAUGCUGUCCGAGAUGUCCAGCUGGUAUAUGAGGAGAUAUGUUCUCUAGCCAAGAAGACUCAGUCUGUGAUUCAGACCCUGAAGAAGGACGGGGUUUUGACAGCUGAGCUGGAACAAAACCUGAGGAGCUGCCGAUCAGCCGAUGAACUGGAUCAUGUGUAUUCUCCCUAUAAGAAAGGCAGUAAGCUGACGAAGGCUCGCAGGGCCAAAGCACUCGGCCUUGAGGCGGCCGCCUCUGCACUCAUGGACACACCACACACUCUGGAUUUAAGGGCAUGGGUAAAACCUGGUACUGAAGGUCUGUCAUCGCUCGAAGAAGUGGCUACAGGUGUGGAGCAUAUCUUGGCUGAUAUGAUAGCUAAAGACCCUGAGACACUAACCUAUGUGAAAACAUUGUGUGAGAACAGCUUUGUGACCAUCCAGUCCUCUCUGUCCAAGUCAGCACUAAAGGAAAAAGAGCAAGAAAAGUCUGUCCAAGACCACAAAACAUCAGGGGCCCAGCAAAAUAAAAACAAGGACAUUGACAAGUUUCACCUCUACGUCGACUUCACCUGUAACAUCCAGCGCAUCCAGCCCCAUCAGACCCUGGCAAUCAACAGAGGGGAGAGUCUGAAGAUUUUGACGGUGAAAGUGAAUGUUCCCGACAAGGUGAAGAGUGACUUCACUCGGUGGUGCAUCAACAACAGGUGGAGGCAGAGGACGUUUGCUAGAGAUGAGCUUCGCACAAUCAUCAAGAAUGCAGUAGAAGACUCUUAUAAAAGGCUUAUUCUGCCUUUUCUCAUAAGAAGUUACAGGACUAAGCUGACAAGUGCAGCAGAGAAGGAGUCAAUCGCCAUGUUUGUGCGGAACCUCCGUCAACGCCUAUUGGUGUGUCCUGUCAGGGGCUGUGUCAUCAUGGGGGUGGAUCCUGGCUUUAGACAUGGCUGUAAACUGGCAGUUCUCUCCCCCACUAGUCAGAUUCUCCAUACUGAUGUUGUGUACCUGCAUAAUUCAAUCCAGCAAAAAGAAGCAGACAAACUGCGCCACCUUAUGAUUAAAUACAGCUGUUCCAGGGUUGUCAUUGGCAAUGGGACAGCGUGUCGUGAGACCGAGUCCGUCUUCGCUGACCUCAUCUCUAAGCGCUGCUUUCACCCCCUGGAUGUGUCCUACUGUAUAACCAAUGAGGCAGGAGCAUCUAUCUACAGUGUGAGUCCUGAGGCGGUCAAAGAGAUGCCAGACAUGGACCCAAACCUUAGGAGUGCAGUGUCCAUUGGAAGACGUGUCCAAGAUCCACUGGCUGAGCUUGUGAAGAUUGAUCCUAAACACAUAGGCAUUGGAACAUACCAGCAUGAUGUGUCAGCCGGAGCACUGAAAGCGGCACUGGACAGUGUGGUGCAGGAAUGUGUGAGCUUCGUCGGGGUGGACAUCAAUAUCUGCUCUGAGACGCUGAUGAGGCAUGUAGCAGGCCUAAAUGCAGGCAGGGCGCACAGUAUUGCUGAGUGGAGAGAGCAGAAUGGUCCCUUCAUCAACAGGGAGCAACUCAAACUGGUCAAAGGCAUGGGGCCCAAGACCUUUCAGCAGUGUGCCGGCUUCAUUAGAAUCAACCCGCAAACCCUACACAGUGCCAAAUGCUCACCUCAUCCUGUAGCAGAGAAACCACCAGCUAAGAAGGGCAGAGGAAAGACUUGCGUCAACAUACCAACCUCAUUUAACCCCCUGGACCAGACCUGCAUACACCCAGAGUCCUACCAUGUGGCACAGGGGUUUCUGUCCCUUGUGUGUGGGAGUGCCGACCAGAUUGGGAGUGCAGGCCUGCGGCAGUGUGUGGAGAGGAAGGUUGGGACCAGCAGUGUCGAGGUACUGGCCAGGACAUUGGACACCACACCUGAGACCCUCAAACUCAUCAUAGAUGGCCUCACGCAGCCCCCUGGGUUUGACAUAAGACAAAAUUUUGGGCAGGCGGACUUUAAGCGGGGCAUUGUGUCCAUGAGUGAUCUGCGGGUGGGUGCGGUGUUGACGGGCCGGGUGGACAACACAACUCUGUUCGGGGCUUUUGUAGAUAUCGGCGUUGGCCGCGCAGGCCUCAUCCACAAGAGCAACAUCACCUUGGACAAACUUCCUGUCAGCCAGCGCCACCGCAGCCUGGCGCUGGGACCCGGGGAACGGGUGGAGGUCCGGGUCCUGAAUGUGGACCCUCAGAGGGGACGAAUUGGGCUGGACCUGAUCAGGGUCCUGCAAUAGUCACUUAUUUCCCGUAAGUUUUAAUUGGAUUUGACUUAUGACAGGAAAUUACACACAAAGCUACCAAGAGGCUAAUUACUCCCUGAUUUUUACACUGGUGUGGAUGAGAAUAUGUAUAGUUCUCAUGAGCAGAUAAGCAUAACCGAACAAUUAAAAG